AUGGACGCUUUGAAAUCAGCUGGGAGGGCGAUCAUACGGAGUCCUAGUAUCGCUAAACAAUCAUGGGCUUCCGGAAGACAUAAAAAGCUGCCGGAGAACUGGACCGACACCAGGGAGACUCUGCUGGAGGGCAUGGUGUUCCAUCUCAAGUACCUGGGGGUCACCAUGGUGGAGCAGCCCAAAGGAGAGGAGCUGUCUGCGGCUGCUGUCAAGAGGAUAGUGGCCACGGCAAAAGCCAGUGGAAAGAAACUCCAAAAAGUGACUUUGACGGUCUCUCCCCGUGGAAUCAUCCUCUAUGACAGUGCCUCCAACCAGCUCAUCGAAAACAUUUCCAUUUACAGAAUAUCCUAUUGCACAGCAGACAAGAUGCACGACAAAGUGUUUGCCUACAUUGUCCAGAGCCAACACAACGAGACGCUACAGUGCCACGCUUUCCUAUGCACCAAGAAAAAAAUGGCCCAGGCCGUGACCCUCACUGUGGCCCAGGCGUUCAGAGUGGCAUUUGAAUUCUGGCAGGCAGCCAAAGAAGAAAAAGAGAAGCGUGUGAAAUCUGGUUCCGACGGAGAAGUGGGAAGCCCCUCUCAGUCGGAGAGCAUGAGCAGCCUGUGCAGCCUGAAGGGAGGAGAGGCAGCCACAGGAAAGCUUCUAGAUUUGGCAGGAGGGGCCAACAUGGCGCUGGUCCACUCAGGAACAAAACGGACGGAUUCUGAUCCCUUCAUGGAGAUCAAUCACGCUGCAGAAAACAACAAUACUGUAUGGGAGUUGGAGGAUGGGCUGGAUGAAGCUUUCUCUAGACUCGCUGAGUCUCGCACUAACCCCCAGGUGCUGGACAUUGGGGUGAACCCUCAGGACUUGAACACAGAAGAGUGUUUGUCUCCGGGGAAAUGGGACCAAGAGGACUUCCCUGCGCACACAGACUUAGGCCUUGUACAGUGA